AUGACUGUGAGCACAACAACCCACGACCGUCCGCACGACGAGUAUCAGUAUCUCCAACUCAUUCGGAGCGUACUCGAUGCCGGUGCACCUCGCCCAGACCGCACGGGCACGGGAACUCUCUCCAUUUUUGCACCUCCUUCUCUCCGCUUCUCGCUCGCCGACGCGACUCUCCCUCUUCUCACCACGAAGCGCACAUUUUUACGCGGCAUUGUUGAGGAGCUUCUCUGGUUUGUGCGCGGCUCGACCGAUUCCACGCUGCUUUCGCAACAGGGGGUGAAGAUCUGGGACGGAAACGGCUCGAAGGAAUUUUUAGAGAAGCGGGGAUUGGGGCACCGGCGGGAGGGCGAUCUGGGACCUGUCUAUGGCUUCCAGUGGCGACAUUUUGGCGCGAAAUACCGUGACUGUGAUGCAGACUACACGGGAGAGGGAGUAGACCAGCUGCAGGAGUGUAUACGAAAGAUCAAGGAGGACCCGACUGACCGCAGGAUCAUCUUGAGCGCGUGGAAUCCCGCAGACAUCCCACUCAUGGCACUCCCUCCAUGCCACAUGAUGUGCCAGUUCUACGUGCACCUCCCGACCGCCCCGUCCGAGAAUCCCAAGCUCUCCUGUCUGAUGUUCCAACGCUCCGCUGACCUCGGGCUUGGUAUUCCUUUCAACAUUGCCUCUUAUGCGCUGCUCACGCACAUGAUCGCCCACGUCACCCGCACGGACGCGCACGAGCUGAUCAUCCAGCUCGGCGACGCGCACGUCUACCGGGAUCACGUCGAUGCGCUCGAGGUGCAGCUGCUGCGGCAACCGCGGCCAUUCCCGAAAGUGCAUUGGCGCAGAGACGUGGCGAGCAUCGACGAGUUCACGAGCGAAGAUAUUGUCGUUGAGGGGUACGACUCCCACCCGAGCAUUGUGAUGAAGAUGAGUGUAUGA